AUGCCAGCCGAUAUUCGCAGCUUCUUUGGUGGUGGGCCCCCGAAGCCUAGCCAGGAUUCACAAAAGGAUGAGCCUGCACCCAAGAAGGCUGCACCCAAGAAAAAAGGUCGUACGAGCAGGGUUAAGCCAGCCGCUAAGAAAGCCAAACGUGAACCAACGCCAGAGCCUGAACUCGAAGAAACGACCACAUCUGCAUUUUUCGGUAGCUCGAAUAAACCCAAGCGAACAGAACCUGUAAAGAAAAAGGCAGCCGAGGCACCAAAGACAACACCGAAGAAGGCAGCUGCAAAGCCGAGUGGGAAGGCAGCCAAUGGCAAGACUUCUGGACGUGCGAAGAAACCUGUCACAUCAUACGCUGAGAGGGAUGACGACGAUGAGUUUCCGGAUGAUGACCUUGACGGUGCGGAUGAUAUCUUUGGGGAUGACGUCAAGGGUAAGAGUAAGGACGACUACCAGGAGGCUUCGGAGAGCGACGAGGAUGUUCCCAUCCAGCUGCCACAUCGUGGAACACCAAAAGCUCCAGCAAAGCAACAAAAGGCGAUCAAGGACGAGGAUGAGGACGAGUUCGACCCUGACGACGAGGAUGUGGAUAUGAAGGAUCUGGAUGGUGAUGACGACGACGACUUCGACGAGGAAGAAGCUGCUAAGACGAAAUCGAAGAAAGUAUCAGCCGCCAGCAAGAAACGCAAGUCCCCAGAACAUGACGAAGAUGAAGAUGAAGAGGAUAAGCCGGCAAAGCCCAAGGCGAAGAAGGCUACCCCAGCAAAGUCACCAGCGAAGAAAAAGGCGAAGAAAGAUGAUGUUGAAGACAGUGCUGAUAUCCAGGCUAUCUACGACAGCAUACCUACCGUACGCGCUCCGACGCCUCCUCCCAAAGACCCGAAUGGGAAAUUCAACUGGCAAGCAAAUGCGGCUCGUGGCGAUGCAGGACCGACACAAGGCUCUUCCGCUGAUAUGCCACAAGGCUCAGAUACCUGCCUUGCUGGACUGAAUUUUGUCUUCACUGGUGUGCUGCAAAAGUGGGGUCGAACUGAGAGUCAGGAGCUGGUCAAGCGUCACGGUGGUAAAGUAACUACCGCUCCGAGCAAGAAGACCAAUUACGUCGUCUUGGGUGAGGACGCUGGACCCAGCAAGCUGCAGAAGAUCCGGGACAUGAACAUCAAGACAAUUGAUGAGGAUGGCCUGACUCUGCUGAUUGAAAAGUUGACAGCAGCGGGUAACAAGGGCGACAGCAAAGCUCAGGCAGUGUAUGCAGAGAAACAACGCAAGGAGCAAGAGAAGAUUGAAAAGCAAGCUGCAGAACUCGAGUUAGAGGAAAAGAAGCGCCAGAAAGAACUGAAGGCUGCAGCUGCGGCGGCUGGAAACAAGACAGCAUCUGCAGUCACUGCUGCUGCUCAAAACGCAGGCCCAGAAGUUGACUCUCGGUUGUGGACAACCAAGUACGCACCCACAUCACUUGCUCAUAUAUGCGGAAACAAGGCGUCGGUUGAGAGACUGCAACGAUGGCUACAGGCCUUCCCGAAGAGUCUCAAGACGGGUUUCAAGCUUGCUGGUAAAGAUGGCAGCGGAGUGUUCCGUGCUGUCAUGAUUCAUGGACCGCCUGGUAUCGGUAAAACCACUGCUGCACAUCUCGUUGCCAAGCUUGAAGGUUACGACAUUGUGGAGAGAAAUGCCAGUGACACCCGAAGCAAGAAGCUUAUUGAAGAUGGUCUGCGUGGUGUCCUCAGUACCAACUCCCUUCACGGCUACUUCGCUGGAGACGGAAAGAAGGUUGAAGGCUCCAAGAAGAAGCUUGUACUCAUUAUGGACGAGGUCGACGGAAUGUCUGCAGGUGAUCGAGGUGGUGUCGGCGCACUCGCAGCUGUUUGCAAGAAGACGGAAGUUCCCAUGAUCCUCAUCUGCAACGACAGGAGACAACCCAAGAUGAAGCCAUUUGAUUACGUUACGUUCGACCUCCCUUUCCGACGACCAACUGUUGAUCAGGUGCGAUCACGUAUCAUGACGAUUGCGUUCCGUGAGGGUCUCAAGAUGCCUACCCCAGUUAUCAACGCUUUGAUUGAAGGCAGUCAUUCUGAUAUCCGCCAAGUUGUCAACAUGAUAUCGACUGCUAAGAUCGAUCAAGAAGUCAUGGACUUUGACAAGGGCAAGGCCAUGUCGAAGAACUGGGAGAAGCAUGUGGUUUUGAAGCCGUGGGACAUUACACAAAAGAUUCUUGGUGGUGGCAUGUUUGCUGCGAGCAGCAAGGCUACUCUCAACGAAAAGAUUGAGCUCUACUUCAACGACCAUGAGUUCAGCCCGCUGAUGCUUCAGGAAAAUUAUCUCGGCACAAAUCCUACCCUGUCGGGAGGCUAUUCUGGGAAGGAGAAGAACCUCAAGAACCUUGAGCUUGUGUCACAGGCAGCAGACAGCAUUAGUGAUGGCGAUCUGGUCGACCGAAUGAUUCACGGAUCUCAGCAGCAAUGGAGCCUGAUGCCUACGCAUGCAGUAUUCAGUUUCGUGCGACCCGCAAGCUUUGUGGCUGGCAACACUGCUGGAAAUCAGACUCGUUUUACAUCGUGGCUGGGCAAGAACAGCUCUGCCAACAAGCUUAGCCGAAUGGUCAAGGAGAUCCAGGCUCAUAUGCGACUGCGAUCUUCUGGUGACCGUCAUGAAAUCCGUCAACAAUACGUCCCAAUGCUCUGGACUGAUCUUGUCCAGAAGUUACAAAAGGAGGGCAAGGAGGCGGUGCCCGAGAUUAUCGAGUUGAUGGACAGCUACUACCUCACCAAGGAUGACUUUGAUGCAAUCAUGGAGCUGGGUGUUGGUCCUAUGGAUCAAGAAAAGGUCAAGAUUGAUUCUCAGGCAAAGUCAACCUUUACUCGACUAUACAACCAGCAAUCACAUCCUCUGCCUUUUAUGAAAGCUUCGUCAGUUACGGCACCAAAGAAACAAGCCAAAGAGAAGCCAGACUUGGAAGAAGCAAUUGAAGAGUCAGAUGAGGGUGAAGUGAUUGAGGAAAUCAAGGACGAAGAUGACGAGGAUGUGGAUCUUUCAAAGGACAAGUACGUCAAGCAACCGAAGAAGAAGGCUGCGCCCAAGAAGCCGGCUGCGGCGAAAAAGGGGGCGAAGAAGAAGGCCAAAGAUGAGGAUAGUGAGGACGAGGAGGACGAGGAUGUCAAGCCAAAGGGCAAGGGAAAGGGCAAGGCGAAGGCUCCAGCAAAGGGAAAGAAGUGA